GAGGCAGGUGUGUGGGAUGUCUUGGGGCUGGGACCUUAGGGGUAAGAAUGUCCUUUGUGGAGGGAGGAGACACCCUGCUGCUGGGACCCCUAAGGACAGGGCUCUGAAAAGUGACUUUGAAUCCAUGUUACUUGUGGACUGAUUAUUCCCUCCUCUCCCAGGAUGAUAGUAGGAGCGAUUUCCUAUGGUGCUGGUGGAAGCUUUUGCUUCGUUAUCUGGAAUUGGUGCCCAGACUUCUGGAAAAUGGGGCAGUUAAUGCACCCAGAAUGCUCCAUGUGGCCCCUUAUCCUCAGGGUCCCCCUUGGCCAGAGUGGCUGGCAUCAUAUUUGGCCAAUGACCACAUGCAGUUCCACCCCCCCAUUGGCUUCCUAGUGUCCAGGGGGCCUGAAGAUUCAUAGGAGAUACUCCUUUGUUCUGAAGAGGCAUUUGUUAGGAAGGGAGUAGGGGAAGGGAUGGUCUGGGAAGUAGGGAGGGAACCCUAAAAGGCGGAGGUGGUUUGGCCACAGUUUAAGGGGAUCUUGGCUUUCCCCUAUAAUCUAUGUUUCCCAAAAUACCCGUUCUGAGUCUGGAGAGAGCUUGGGUUAGGAAGGAAAGGACCAGCUAGGACAUGAUGUGGGGUCUCUGGGAGGGGACUAAAUUAUUCAGGAAGUGAACAGGGGCCUAGUUAGGGAGUGGGAUGUCGCUGUGCUGGGAAGGCAGAAGGGUGGUGAAGCUUUGGGACCCCUGUGGUGGGGGCAGAGAGAAGUUUGUGUGUGGGCAGGCUGCCCCACCCCGGUAAUUGCUCCUGAGGUUUCCGGGGCUGAGUCCGAAGACAUAGGAAUCUGUGUGCGCCUGCAUGAGACUCACUGACUUGGGGAGAUGGAGAAACAGAGGGGGGACUUGUGAGAGACAGACGGCCUUCAGUGUCCUGUUCUUUUCAGGCUUAGGUCUAAUCCCUGGACCCCACAGGGAUUGGGGACUUUUUUCUGGUGCUACAGAAAGCUGCCAUUCCCCUACUUUUGUUUGAGCCUCCCAGGUUGGGUGAGGGCAGGCAGGAAAAGCGGGGCUGAGUAACCCGACCCUUUAGAUUGAUUCUGUGAAAGAGAUUUCGGGGGCGGGAAUGAAUCCACAGCUGUGCAUGUCAUUGUGGCUAAGGGCCACAGACAGAAUGAACAGGACAUCUGGAUAGAAACAAGGUAGAAGAAGACACCCCUGGGCCAGCAGGCGCAGAUGGAAACGCUGCUAGAGCCAGACAAGGAGAGGGCCAGACGGCUCCGGCCAGCAUGUCCUAGCUCGAGGUCUCUUCCCUUAGCCAAGCCCUCCUGGGGCUUCCCCUAAGCCCUUCACCUCGUGACUGACCCUCCCUCCCUCCAUCCCUCCUUCUCCCAGGUUUCUGCCUCUCCUUCAACUUGGACGACAGUCAUCCUCGGCUGUUUCACGGGCCACCUGAGGCCGAGUUCGGAUACAGUGUCUUGCAGCAUGUGGGGGGAGGACGAGGAUGGUGAGGGAAGCCUGGGACGACACGGGGUAUCGUGAUGGUCAAAGGGAACCCGAGCAAGAAGGAAGGACAAGGGCUGGCACUGGGGUGGCGCUGGUUAAGGGGAAGCCGGUGGGGAAACAGAAGGGUAGACUUUAGCUUGGACCACUAUUAUCUGUCCCCCGCGAGCCAUCGAUAAUCAGAGAAUAAUUGCCCUUAUUUCAGAAGGGAUGAGACAUCUGGGGUCCUGCUUAAAGUGGGGAAUAAACUGGGGUGAUCACAUACUGAGGUUCUGGCAUUGGGACCCCUCUUCAGCUUGUCUUUAGGGUUGUACUCUGGGGAACCAUGCUCACGCACAGGCUUGGUCUCGCAGGAUGUUGGUGGGGGCCCCUUGGGACGGACCUUCAGGAGACAGGAGAGGGGAUGUGUAUCUCUGUCCUGUGGAGGAGCGACCUAACGCCUCCUGUGCCAAGGGCCACCUGGGUGACUAUCCACUGGGAAACUCCUCGAGUCCGGCUGUGAACAUGCACCUUGGGAUGUCACUGCUGAAAACUGAUGUGGAUGGGGGCUUUAUGGCCUGUGCCCCUCUGUGGUCUCGUGCCUGUGGUACUUCCGUGUACAGUUCUGGGAUCUGUGCCCAAGUGGAUGCCUCAUUUCGACCCUGGGGGAGCUUAGCACCUACUGCACAGCGCUGCCCCACCUACAUGGAUGUGGUCAUUGUCCUGGAUGGCUCCAACAGCAUCUACCCCUGGGCUGAGGUUCAGACUUUCUUGCGUAGACUGGUGGGGAGGCUGUUCAUUGACCCCGAACAGAUACAGGUGGGGUUGGUUCAGUAUGGGGAGACUGCUGUACAUGAAUGGUCACUUGGAGAUUUCCGGACCAAGGAAGAGGUCGUGAAAGCUGCCCGGAACCUGAGCCGAAGAGAAGGGCGAGAAACCCAUACAGCUCAGGCCAUAAUGGUGGCUUGCACAGAAGGAUUCAGUCCCUCUCGAGGGGGCCGGCCAGAGGCUGCCCGAUUGCUAGUUGUUGUCACAGAUGGGGAAUCCCAUGAUGGGGAGGAACUUCCAGCAGCACUCAGGGCCUGUGAAGCUGGCAGCGUGACCCGAUACGGGAUUGCUGUCCUGGGUCACUACAUUCGAAGGCAACGUGAUCCUAGCUCCUUCCUCCGGGAAAUCAGGGCCAUUGCUAGUGAUCCGGAUGAGAGAUUCUUCUUCAACGUCACAGAUGAGGCUGCACUGACUGACAUCGUGGAUGCCCUAGGAGACCGCAUCUUUGGCCUGGAGGGUUCCCAUGGGGAGAACGAAAGCUCCUUCGGACUAGAGAUGUCCCAGAUUGGCUUCUCUACCCACCAGCUAAAGGAUGGGAUCCUGUUCGGAAUGGUGGGGGCCUAUGACUGGGGGGGCUCAGUGCUGUGGCUGAAGGAAGGUCACCGCCUUUUCCCACCCCGCACGGCCCUGGAAGAGGAGUUCCCUACUGCUCUCCAAAAUCAUGCUGCCUACCUGGGUUACUCAGUUUCUUCCCUGAUUCUCCUGGGUGGACGACGCCUGUUUCUCUCAGGAGCCCCUCGGUUUAAACAUCGAGGGAAGGUCAUCGCUUUCCAGCUCAGGAAAGAUGGGUCUAUGAACGUUGCCCAGAGCCUCCAAGGGGAACAGAUCGGCUCCUACUUUGGCAGUGAGCUCUGCCCCCUGGACACCGAUGGUGAUGGGGUGACCGAUGUUCUUCUUGUGGCUGCCCCUAUGUAUCUGGGGCCCCAGUAUCGGGAGACAGGACGAGUGUAUGUCUACCUAGUGGGCCAACCCUCACUGAUCCUCUGGAGAACCCUGCAGCCAGACCCCCCCCAGGACUCCCGUUUUGGCUUUGCGAUGGGUGCCCUGCCUGACCUGAACCAGGACGGCUUUGCAGAUGUGGCUGUGGGGGCACCCCUGGAAGAUGGACACAGAGGAGCUCUGUACAUCUAUCAUGGGACCCAGGGUGGCAUCCGGCCCCGUCCUGCGCAGCGCAUCUCAGCUGCCUCCAUGCCUCAGCCACUCAGCUACUUUGGCCGAAGUGUGGAUGGACGACUGGACCUUGACGGGGAUGAACUCGUGGAUGUUGCUGUGGGGGCUCAGGGGGCAGCUGUACUGCUCAGCUCCCGCCCCAUCGUCCACCUGGCCCCAUCGCUGACGGUGACCCCUCCGGCAGUCAGUGUGGUGCAGCGGGAUUGUCAGCGACAUGGCCAGGAUGCCGCCUGCCUGACCGCUGAUCUCUGCUUCCAAGUAACCUCGCGAACCCCGGGCCGCUGGAACCGCCGCUUCUAUGUCCGAUUCAGCGCCUCCCUGGACGAGUGGACAGCCGGGGCUCGGGCGGCAUUUGAUGGCUUUGGCCAGAGGCUGCCUGCGCGGCGGCUAAGGGUCAGCGUGGGGAACACCACCUGUCAGCAGCUGCAUUUCCACGUGCUGGAUGCAUCCGACUACCUCCGGCCGCUGGCCCUGGUGGUGACCUUUGAGCUGGAUAACGCCACAAAGCCAAGGCCGGUGCUCGAUGAGGACUCGCCCACUUCCCUUCGAAAGCUGAUACCUUUUUCAAAGGACUGUGGGCCUGAUAAUGAAUGCCAUACCGACCUGGUACUCCAGGUAGACAUGGACAUCCGGGGUUCCAGGAAAAAGCCGUUUGUGGUUCGAGGGGGGCGGCAGAAGGUGCUGGCGUCCGCUACUCUGGAGAACAGAAAGGAGAACGCCUACAAUACUAACCUGAGCCUCAGCUUCUCCAGGAGCCUCCACCUGGCCAGCUUCACGCCUCAGAAGGACCCCUCUGUCAAGGUGGAGUGUGCAGCCACUUCCACGCAUGGCCAGCUCUGUAGCAUAGGGCACCCUGUUUUCCAGACCGGGGCCAAGGUGACCUUCGUCUUGGAGUUUGAAUUCAGCUGCUCUUCCCUCCUAAGCCAAGCCCUUGUAAGGCUGGCAGCGACCAGCAACAGCCUGGAGUCCAACGAGACUUUGCACGACAACGUGGUCCAGGCCUCGGCCUACGUCCGCUAUGAGCCUGAGCUCCUGGUCUCCAGUGAGUCCACGCUGCAUCGAUAUGAGGUUCACCCCUAUGGGGCCCUCCCGGAGGGUCCUGGCCCUGAGUUCAAAACCACUCUCAGGGUACAGAACCUCGGUUGUUAUUCCAUCAGCGACCUCUUGAUUUCCGCCUUCUUUCCCGCCGUGGCCUACGGGGGCAGUUACUUCCUGUCCCUGUCCCAGAUCAUCGCCGACAACGCCAGCUGCAUGGUGCAGAACCUGACUGAGCCCUCUGGGGCUCCGGUGCACUCCGAGGACCUGCGGCACGUCAGCCGCCUGAAUGGCAGUAACUCCCGCUGCCAAGUGGUGCGGUGCCGCCUUGGCCGCCUGCCCCGGGGGUCCCAGAGCUCACUGCAGUUCCUGAGGCUCAUCCACGAUGACUUCUUCCGAAGGGCCAAGUUCAAAUCUGUGACUGUGGUCAGCACCUUUAAGCUGGAGGUUGAGGAAGGCAGUGUCCUGCAGCUGAUGGAGGCCUCCCAGUGGAGUGAGAGCCUCCUGGAGGUAAUCCAGGCCCGCCAUGUUCCUGUCUCAUUGUGGAUCCUGGUUGGCAGCGUCAUAGGAGGGCUUUUAUUAUUGGCUCUCAUUGUUUUCUGUCUUUGGAAACUUGGAUUCUUUGCCCGAAAGAAAGCGCCUGAAGAAGAUGGAAAUGGGAAGGUGGACCAAUGAAGCUGGAAGAAGACCCUGUGAAUGCCUCUUCUGCAGGGGGCCCUAGAGACUUAAAGGGGAGCCAGUGGAACAAAAGGCGCCCACUGGCCCUCUCCUCCAAACUUCAAGUCUGACUUCUGGGUCCUAGGGAUACUUCUCUCAAGAAGGGAGGCCAGCCUCUGCCAAGACGAAUUGGUUCCACAGUCCUCCCGCUCAGCCCGUCUUCCCCUGGCAGCCUCUUCUCCACCCUUCCCAGGGCUCAGGUCCCGGGGCCCUCUGGCCUGGACAGGCCUUCUCUCUCUUUCUCUCUCUCCCUUCUUCCUUCCCUUCCUCCUUCUCUCUCUCUCUC